UGGAAUAAUAUCAAAAUUUCAGUCCCAAAUUUUUUUAAAACUCCUUGAUUAGAACUUUGUGCCCUAAUCUAUCUAUAGUUCUUUCACAAAGCUGUAACAAAGAACCACUGUGAGUUCAUCCUCCACCGUGAGGACGGUUCAUCCUCCAUACCGUGAGUUCAUCCUGUACCGACUUCAAGCUAUAGCACCACCGUGAGUUCCAGAUAGUUUGGAUGGAGUACUAGAGGUUUUGUUUGAUCCGAACGGACUUAGCGAGGAUGGAAUGGUUUCAAUGAGAAUAUGUGCUGUUAGCCAAGAUGCCAAGUACUUGGCAUAUGGACUUAGCUCAAAUGGAAGUGAUUGGAUCACUAUCAAAGUUAUGCAGGUUGAAAAUAAGAUAAUCGAGCUUGAUACUGUGUCUUGGGUUAAGUUUUCCUAUGCCAGUUGGACCCAUGAUAGCAAAGGUUUUUUCUAUAGCCGAUACCCAGCUCCCAAGGAGAGUGAAAAUUUGGAUGCUAGGACUGAGACCAGUGCCAACUUGAACCAUGAGGUGUACUAUCAUUUCUUGGGUACUAAUCAAUCUGAAGAUAUUUUAUGUUGUAGAUAUCUUGAAAAUCCAAAGCACAAAUUUUGCAAUUGUGUAACAGAUGAUGGAAAGAUUGAUUUUUGAUGACAUUUGGAAGCAUACUUGCAAAUCAAGAUCAAGCGUUGACUUUUUUUUUUUUUUUUUUUGUGGACUCCACGUUAGUUUAUUUUGAGAUUUGCUUUAGUUUUUUGU